AUGAGUGGGUACGACAGGGCACUGAGCAUAUUCUCGCCCGACGGACACAUCUUCCAAGUCGAGUAUGCGCUGGAGGCCGUGAGGCGUGGGACUUGUGCCGUCGGGGUGAAGGGCCCCCGGUGUGUUGUGCUAGGUUGUGAGCGGCGGUCGACUCUGAAGUUGCAGGACCCGAGAACGACGCCGUCGAAGGUCGCGCUCGUGGACACGCACGUCGCGUUGUCCUUUGCUGGGCUGUCUGCGGAUGCGCGUGUCUUAAUUGAGAGGGCAAGGACGGAGGCGCAAUCGCACAGAUUGACGCUGGAGGAUCCUGUGUCCGUGGAGUACAUGGCGAGGUACAUUGCUGGGAUCCAGCAGAAGUACACGCAAUCGGGUGGUGUGAGGCCCUUCGGGGUGUCGACUCUCGUCGCAGGGUUCGACAGUGGCGACGAUACUCCGAGACUGUACCACACGGAACCAAGUGGGAUAUACUCCGCGUGGACUGCACAGACGAUUGGGAGGAACGCCAAGACCGUGAGAGAGUUCCUGGAGAAGAACUACGCUGGGGAAUCGACUACUGCGGGGGAGAAAUCCGGGGAGUCCGCAGAGGCCAGCGCAGGGGCCAGCGCAGAGGCCAGCACGCCGGGGCCAUCCUCUGUGGAGGAGUGUGUGAGACUCACCGUCAGGUCUCUGCUAGAGGUAGUCCAAACUGGUGCCAAGAACAUUGAGAUUACCGUUAUUGAGCCGGACAACAAGAUCACUGCGCUGUCAAACGAACAGAUCGCCGCGCACGUCGAGGAGAUCGAGCGGGAGAAGCAGGCGUGA